AGGUUGAGCGCAGUUGGUGGAACUUCUCAAACUUAUCAACGCAGAUCGGAAAGGCUCUAUGACGUAGCCUAUUGUGGAGGAUUGCAAACACUGAGCCUGCCAGGAACGGUAACCGGAACGGACAAAUGUGACACAAUUUAUUCCACAAUGUCACAUCAGCUUUUGAAACGAGUUGAGACGAGAAAUGGUGCUACUGUGAAAAAACGAAAACGCAUACUGGCAGAAGAGGGUUGGGAACAAGCCGUUCGUUGUCUUCAAAUCACCUCGCUGAACAGUCCUGCUCCAAUCCCGAUCUUCGGGAAUCGUCAAAUUAUAAUUACCUCGGUUAUCAAAGAUAUAAUAGAGAACGACAGAGCGGAUUCA